CCUCCGCCCCUCCCAGAAGAUGUAGACGCGUUUGCGUACUGAAGCUGCCGUUUCGUUAGAAACGCCGGGAUGAAGGGAGCGUCAUGUGGGGACGGCGACAAGGGGAGUUAUUUUUUUUUAAAAGGUUGUGCAACAUAAUCCAUCGCAGGCAGCAGAGAAUUUGAUGCAACCUCGGAGACAAAGAAACACCAAACGUGACUGGUGUGCAGCUCAGAGCUGAAAUAAGAGGCUUUAGGAGGCUCGUGGUCGGCUCAACGUCACCACGCUUUUACCGUUUUUUCACGCGCAAAGCUGCCACAGAAAAACUUUUGCAGACAUUUCUGCGCUCACCUUUUUAUUUAACUUUCUGCUGUAUCUUGAUUGAUGAUCAAAUGUCUCGCCCCGUGCUGGAUCUAAGCCUUUAACUGUUUCUUACCAAAUAUAGCCACUGUUAAUGCUGGAGUGUCCUUGACGGAGCGGAGCGGUCCUAGAUUGGAUAUUUGCAGCGCUGCCAAAGUUUAUAAUUAAUACUCAGUUCCAUUUGAGUCAUUAGGGUUUUUUUAACCAACACAUCUUGUCUAAUUUGCAGAUCGGACACUUGAAUCAGUUGGUGUGUUGUUGUAGAAGCUGGCGCGGUUCUUCUCAUAUUUUCUGCCUAUUGUGAGCUGCAGCAUGUUGAUUUUUAACGCUCUGUAGCCAAUGACUGCUCUCAACAGAAGCCAUUUUUAAGUCUUUGAUUUAGAAGCCAGUCUUGACUGAGUCACCGAGCACGAGCUGGAGCUGGGCUGCAGCUUUAACCUGUGUACAUAACAAUUUUAGCACACUUUCUUUUUUUUUUAUUCUCAAACCUCCAACAAUGGCUUUUUGUGCGUCCGGCUCUGGGCGCGGUGGAUGUGCCAUGGCUCGGUUUUUCCUCACCGCCUGUGUAUUGGCGGUGGGCUGGGCUGGAGCUGAAGAUCAGCAGGCCAAGCCGACCGGGGAGAGCCCACCGGCGGUCACCCUGCGUACUCUGAUCACCGGAACCUGCCAGGAGAUCCAGCGGUACGCGGAGUCAGUGUUGGGAAGCGGCGUGAUGCGGUCAGCUGCUGAGAGUGCAGUGUUGUUUCUUGAGUCACUGCUUGGUCAGGAGAACGUCUAUACCGUGGCCAUGUUUUUGGAGAUGGUGAUCAGAUUCCUGGCUGAAGGAGCUGCCAGCGGCCUGAACGUCAUCGCUGUUUACGUCACAGAGAUCCUCAGGGUCACAGGAUUCGAUGUUGCACAGACGUUGCCCCGCUUCACUCCAGAGGGCGUAGCCGCCAUUGCCCAGUGGGGUCUGGUGGCCCUCAUUGGUUACUGGGUGCUAACCAUCGUUCUCCGUCUGUUGAUUGGCGCGGUGAGGCGGAUGUUCUGGGUGAUGAAAACCGUAUUGGCGCUCUGGCUUUUCGGACUGAUUGUGAUUGACAAGAAUGCCACUACAGACACCACGGCGGUUCGGCUGGCCGGCCUGGUGCUGGGAUGCGUCCUGUUGACUCUGCUCACUUCUGGCUCUGAGAAGACUUUUGCAGUGGAACACCGGCUGAGCUGCCUGGAGGGCCGGCUGAAGGCAGUGGAGAAGAGGAAAGGGGAAUAGUGACCGGAGAGGGUGGAGGGGAACAGAAUUAAGAUGGACAAAGGUGAUGGUAAUGUUGGUUAAGAAAAUAGUAACAAUGAUGGUUUCUGUGUGUAAAACUAUUAUGGGAAAUAAAGUAAUCUCUGGGAUUUUUAAACAGAAAUGCUCUUUUUUUUUUCUUUGCCUUCAGAAAAUGCCAAAAUAAUGAUACUAUGUUAAUAACUGUAAUCACUGACAAUUCCACAAGUCAAAUCAUCUUUCUGUAUUGUCUUUUCCACAAUUGCAUACGAAUAAAAAUGAAGGCUAAUUUUUAUAUAA